AUGCCACCUCCCUCACCACGAUGGAACGAGUCACUGAUUCCGUAUCCUGCGCCGGCUACAGGGCCACCGACUGCUGGCACAUCAAGGAGGAACUCGUUUUCCGGAUCGAUGCGGUCCCUCGCAAGCCAGAGUCUUAUGGAAGAUAUCAGGCAUGAAGUCAUGGUCAACCAUCUGUUCCAACAGCAAUGUAAAAAGCUCUGGGUUAGCGAGGUAUCAGGUGAGAUGGAAGGGGUCAUCUUGCGGAAGGCAAGGGGGAACUACUUGGCGUGUCCACCGAACCUAAUUCACUCGUCGUUUGCGUACUACUGUUCACAGAUGAACAUGCCGGUGGCUAUGACAGUGAACUCCCGUAUCAUCCAAACCUUCCUUCAGCUGGCACCAGAAACCACAGACGUACCCCUCAAGGGAGGCCUUCGCGUCCAAAUCCUACCCACUGUCGAUGACCUCCCUACAGCGCGCAAGAACCAGUUCGCGGCUUUCUUGGCAGCAGAGUCCCUCCUCGUUGUAUGGGAUGACGAGCCCCUGAAUGUCUUCACGAGAGCCACGGCGAUCGAAGAUGAGCUCAUGGACAUGGUGUGGAGGACCGGCGAGCCCGAUGACAUUGAAGAAGAAUCGGAAAAGUCAAAAGGUUCCGCAGUCGUAGAACUCGAGAUUGACGAGGAGACGGGAGAGGCUAAGCCGGAGCAGAGGCCUACGCAUAUCAUGAAUGCCGUGCUUGUGGGAUUCACAUUGCUGCUCAUCACGAUUACGUUGGGCGCAGGCUUCAGGCAGAUUGCGAUCGAGAUCAUGGUAGACAGGCGCUAUAUUCGACUAGCCUUCAUCGCGCUCACUCCGAUUCAAAUCUUUUUCACUCUGGCAUGUCUCUUCUUCGCCCAGGUUAUCGUGGGUUGCAUCGCUCAGGUUAUCGGCCCAAUCCGCCAAAUGACGACCAACUCACGUUAUUACUCCGCGAUGCGGCCCCGCCGACUCACCGGCCAGCUGCCACACAUCACCAUCCAGUGUCCAGUCUACAAAGAAGGUCUUUCGUCUGUGAUUGUGCCCACUGUCAAGUCAAUCAAACAGGCUAUGUCCACUUACGAACUGCAAGGCGGGUCAGCCAACAUGCUCAUCAAUGACGACGGACUUCAACUCAUCGACGAAGAAGAACGCCAGGCACGGAUUGAGUUCUACGCUGAUCACGGAAUUGGCUGGACUGCGAGACCUAAGCAUGGUGAAGAUGGCUUUGUCAGGAGAGGCAAGUUCAAGAAGGCGAGUAAUAUGAACUACGGGCUCUGGCUGAGUAACUGUGUGGAGAGCAAGUUAGAGGAAGUACAGCGAGGUAUCGACUGGACACAGAACGAUGAGGCACGUGAGUACGCAAGGUGCCUGAAUGAAGUCCUUGAAGAAAAUGGACGCGCUUGGGCCGAUGGAAAUAUUAGGAUUGGCGAUUACAUCCUCCUCAUCGACUCUGACACCCGCGUCCCCUCCGACUGUCUCCUCGACGCCGCCAGCGAAAUGGAGCAGUCUCCCGAAGUCGGCAUCAUGCAAUUCUCCUCCGGCGUCAUGCAAGUCGUGUACACCUACUUCGAGAACGGCAUCGCCUUCUUCACCAAACUCAUCUACACCGCCAUCCGCUACACCGUCUCCAACGGCGACGUCGCCCCCUUCGUCGGCCACAACGCCAUCCUCCGCUGGUCCGCCAUCCAGCAAGUCUCCUUCUACGACUCGGACGGCUACGAGAAAUUCUGGUCGGAAUCGCACGUAUCGGAAGACUUCGACAUGUCGCUGCGCCUCCAAGUAAACGGGUACACCAUCCGGUUGGCCGCCUGGGCGGGCGAGGGCUUCAAAGAAGGCGUAUCGCUCACUGUUUACGACGAGCUUGCGCGCUGGGAAAAGUACGCGUAUGGCUGUAAUGAGCUGCUCUUCCAUCCGAUUAGGUUCUGGCUGGUGAGAGGCCCGUUCACGCCGCUUUUCCGCAGGUUUUUGUGUUCGAAUAUUCGGUUUACGAGUAAGGUGACGAUUGUGUCGUAUAUUGGGACGUAUUAUGCAAUUGGGGCGGCGUGGAUCUUGACGACGGCGAACUACUUUGCGAUUGGCUGGUUUAAUGGAUACUUGGAUAAGUACUACAUUGACAGCUGGAAGGUUUGGUUCUCCAUCGUCAUCGUCUUCAACGGCCUCGGCAACCUCGCCCUCGCAACAAUGCGCUACCGCAUCGGCUCCGCAUCCUUCCUCUCCGCGCUCCUCGAAAACUUCAAAUGGAUCCUCAUGCUCGCCAUCUUCCUGGGUGGGCUCUCGCUGCACGUCUCGCAAGCGCUGCUCGCGCACAUGUUCGAAAUCGACAUGGCGUGGGGCGCCACUAGCAAAGAAGCCGAGUUCAGCAACUUCUUCAUCGAAGUGCCGAAGGUGCUGAAACGAUUCAAGUUCAGCAUUGCGUUUGCGGUCGUGGGCAUCGUGGGCAUCGUGGUAUUGGCGGUCGCGCCGUGGGUUCCGCAUUCUUGGCAUAUUAGAGAUAUGGUGGCGAUUUUGCCUAUGGCGACGGUGACGGGGAGUCAUUUGUUAUUGCCGGUUGUGUUGAAUCCGGCGUUGAUGACUUUCUCGUGGUAG